AACUAAGUGAGUUUGAUUUAUACUAAUAAUCCUACCCGUGGCUUCCAGUGACGUUGUUUUCACUACGGACAUAUCGAUAAGACGCACGAAACAACCUCAAAUCUUACUUCGACAAAUAUUGAUAUCCUUACAAAGCAUUCAUUUCAAAUGAUGAUUUGCCACUAUCAAGAUGAAUGACAGCAGUAGUUCCCUCGCCCAAGUGCAUUCAAAGGGUUUACCGGAAGUUGAAGAAGAAACACCGACGGAUGACGUCAUACAAGUCCCAGGCCUAAUUACAGAUGAAUCGACAAAAAKCGCUGGACGUAAAAGUGGGCAAAGAAUUAAAUCAAGUAAAUCAAACCGAGCAGCUACUGGUCGUAGCAAGUUGUCCAGGGCUGCUACACCCGCUGGGGWGAGAUUUGCUGAAGCUAACAGCUCUGGCGAAGAGUCUGUUCUUGACAGCGACUACGAUACAGACUUGGAGAUAGAGGAACUACGUGAAGAGUUUGAUCCCACAGGCCGCAAAGCGUACARGGAUGCCUGCAAACAWCUAGGAAUAGUACCAGUCUCCUUUGUCCUUGAACACAUAACUGACGAAGCUUUGGAUAUCAAACACCAUGGACUAGGACCUAGUGGAGCUAARGCGGUUGCAAUAGCUUUAAUGAACAAUACGACGACCACAAAGGUUAAUCUCUGCGACUGCGCGAUCGGUCCCGAGGGCGGUGAAAACAUUGCAAAACUACUCAAAGAGAACUUCUACGUGACGGAAAUCGAUGUGUCACACAAUAAAGUCCAAACACAAGGCUGCAUUGCGUUCUGCGAGGCUCUUAAUGAAAACACUAUCGUCCAAUCACUCAGUCUUGGGUGGAGUGAAUUAAAARAUAAAGAUGCGGUUCCAUUGUCUGAUAUGAUGAAAAAUAACCGCGCCCUAAAAACACUCGAUUUGAGUGGGAAUGGGUUUGAAGAAGAAGCAGGGCUUCAUUUUGGUCCUUCAAUAGAUGCCAACGACACACUCGAGUCCCUAAACCUCAGUUGGAACCAUCUGCGAGGAAAAGGUGCAAUAUCAAUUGGCAAAGGACUGAGAGCCAACGUYAGUCUCAAGUUUUUGGACCUGUCGUGGAAUGGGUUCGCCGACGACGGAGCUGCAGCAGUUGGGGAAUCUCUUCGAGAAAAUAACACCUUGGUUGAGCUUGACAUUAGUAAUAACAGGAUAUCUACUAAGGGUGCUUUGCGGUUAUCAGAAGGACUUAAAAUUAAUAACACAUUAAAAAUACUAAGAUGUGGCAUGAACCCCAUCCAAAACGCCGGUGCCAACGCUAUCCUCAGCGCCAUGAAAAACAACGUUGACUCCGCAAUGGAAAGACUGUGCUUGAACAAAGUUGUCAUCGACACGGAGACUAAAUCUAUCGUUGACCAUAUYAUUGGAAUGCGUCCGUACUUUGCAAUYACGUGCACCCUGAGCAACUGUAAUGGAAAUCUUGCUGACGAGCUCGACGCYCUGCUGGGAGGCAUGAGCAGAAAGAAGAAGCUUGCCGAACUCCUCAACAGGCUCGUAGCGUACAUUGAUCGUAUGAACUACCGAAUGGUCGACCUCUUCAACCAGUUUGAUAAAGACAAAAGUAUGUCUGUCAGCCGAGAGGAGUUUUAUACCGGUUUGAAAUCGAUUGGAGUUCCGAUGGACAACCAAGACAUUACCCUAUUAAUCAAUCUACUGGACGAUAAUGGAGACGGCGAGAUCGACUACAGUGAGUUUGUGGCAAUUAGAGACGUCGAUGAAGAUGAUAUCAAUGCAACGAUAUAACAGAGAUGCGCAUGUGCGGAAGAAUUGGUUGAAAUAAAUGACUUGUCAUAAAUUAAGUUAAACGUUUAGUUAUUUAAAUCGGCCAUAUUUGAGGGAUAAACGUGAGUGAUCAUCAUGAGUUUGGAAUCCACAUAUUKACUGGGAAGGCUGGAACGUGUAAUGAUCUUUUGUAAUCUUAGGUGGCGGAAGCAGGGCAGCUGAACCCCCCUCCCUCCCCCACGAUCAGAGUACAGCGGUUUCAAUUUACAAAUAUUUUUCAUACCUUUUUGUGAACUUAUGUUUGUAAAUACAUUUACCAGCAAACCCAAACAGUCGUACUCCCCUCCCCCUCACCCAUGACUUUCGCUUCCUCCGGCCCUGACAAUUACAUUGCAUAUAAAAAUACAAAAAUAYAGUGUUACAAGUUGUGUGUGCAUCGUUCAAUUCUUAGUAGUUAACUAUACAUGGCGCGCAUGUCCAUUAAAAGAAUUACAAAGUAUUAUAGGAAAUACAUAUUGUUCAAUGUU